AGCUGAAUGGAGCCGAGAGGAAGUGGCGGUUAAUGCAGCUCCACACCUUUCCGGUGUAGCAGCACUGCGACCAGCUCGACUUAAAGGAGAAAGACGAGAGCUGGCUGUAUUUAUUGAUACAGGAGGGGGAGAUAGGAGGGGGCUACGAACUGGAGUUUCUUGGGUGGAUACAUGUGUUGCUGAGUCACAGAAGAUUUCUUUUCGAAGACGUCCCUUACAGCUCGGUGAAGUUGCCCGGCGCGACGCUUGAUGGACUAGCCGCAGAAAAGCUGCUUUUCUCCCCGGUAGCGGUGAAGAGAACAAGGGCGCACCCGAUGAGGAGGACCGGACACCAGAAAGAACUCACAAGUAACGUGGCCUUUUCGAGGCCUUGUAUACACAACGUGUCUGCUCUUUGUGGUUUUUAACCUUCGCAGCGUGUGUUUGCCAAUCAGCUUUAUGUUGAUUUAGUCAACAAAAUGAACGUCCUGCAACAGCUGCUGCCAAGUUCUUAGUGUAACCGUGCCAUGUUGUGUAUAGGCCCUGCAAACAUUGUGAUACUCUGAACAUAAACGUCCCAGCACUUAACAGGACGCACAGACUUUCAAUGAAAACCCCUAUAAGUACUGUUUGUUAGAUUUUAACAUGAGUGUGCGUUUUUGACUUUUCUCUCCGAUAUAUGCUCUUCACUGAGUCAUGUCAUCACAAAUAAGCCCUUAACGCGAAGCUACUGUUAAAAGUGAAUAGUCAUCAGCACGGAAUCUGACAUUUUUCUCGUUAGAAACAAAGUAUUUAUGCACACGAUUUCAAAAUGGGGAAAGUGCUGUCUAAAAUAUUUGGCAACAAGGAGAUGAGAAUAUUAAUGCUUGGACUUGAUGCUGCUGGAAAGACAACAAUCCUUUACAAACUGAAACUUGGACAGUCUGUCACCACAAUCCCCACAGUCGGCUUCAAUGUGGAGACUGUCACCUACAAAAAUGUCAAGUUCAACGUCUGGGAUGUUGGAGGGCAAGAUAAGAUUCGUCCUCUGUGGCGACACUACUACACAGGCACCCAAGGGUUAAUUUUCGUGGUGGAUUGCGCGGACAGGGAUCGCAUCGACGAGGCAAGGCAGGAACUCCACCGCAUCAUUAAUGACCGGGAGAUGAGGGAUGCCAUCAUCUUGAUAUUCGCCAACAAGCAAGACCUCCCGGAUGCCAUGAAGCCACAUGAAAUCCAAGAGAAGCUCGGAUUGACCCGCAUCAGAGAUAGGAAUUGGUAUGUUCAGCCCUCCUGUGCGACCACAGGUGAUGGACUGUAUGAGGGCUUGACAUGGCUAACAUCAAAUUACAAAUCUUAAUGAUUGAGUGCUGACUGUUUUAGGUCAAAACUAUAAUAACGUUGCAAGUAACAAAUAACUUUUCAAAAUGAGUAUGGUUAAGAAAAAGUUGAUUAUUUCCCAUUUAUUUUUAAUACUACGUUUACCCCAUGACUAAUUUAUCUUUAACUGGGUUUGCUGGCUUAAAGUUUGCUUGUACUCUGUAGCAGGGCUAUUUCACCUUCAUCAUCUUGGGGCUUGCUUGAUGAAUUCUGAAUUGAUUGGUCCUGAUGUUAAAGCCACAGAGAUCACCGCCUUUGCCUAUUCUUUUCCCUGUUUUGUAUAAUUUUUCUAAUGAAGUUUGUGUCUUCAUUCAAGGACUAAAGCUUGUUUCAAGGCCCUUCAGUCUCUGCUGCAUCGAACUUGGAUCUUUUUGUUCUUCUGAGGGGAGAUCUUAAAUGUCAUGUAGCAUACUUGAAGGAAUUUGGUAUUUGUUUUAACACAGUGCUGUGAUAAGUAUUUCUUCUCAAUGGUAUUGACUGCUGCAAUGGGGAAAAAUCAACAUGGGUUUAAUUUAAUCGUCAUCUGUCUUGACAAAGAAAUAAAAUAACUUCAGACAUGUUUUGUCCCCCCCCCCCUCCCCCAAAUCCCCUUAUGUGGGCUAUAUAAUUUUCUGAUUGACCUUCCGUUUCAUGUCUUGAUACCUAAUUGUGCUGAAUAUUCAACAAAUACGCCUCCUGUAACUCUUAAACAUGCUUGUUGGGAUUGCAUUUUUGAUUUUCGGUAACAAGUAGUCAGUUGACUCAAUCUUUCCAAAGGAAUGUCAUUCAGCUCUGAGCUCUCAAUCUGAUACCACAGUUGAUUAGUGUCAGUAUUGGGACAUUAUAUGAUAGCCUAUAUCUGUAGCAUGAGUACGAAAGUACAGUAACCCCACACCAGAGUCCAUCUGUCGUGCAGUCAGAGGGAGCUGUUACUGGUGAAUUGUAGAAGACACCCUGCAGUGCAGCUCUUAUUUUGACUGGGGGAACCAUGUACAGAACAAUGUCAUUGUAAUGUCUUAUUAAAAAAGUGAUUUUAAAUCUG